CUGGAUGAGUUGCUGCUGCUUUCUCUCACUUUCCGCUCCUCCAUCCUCUUCCCGUUCUCACUUGCUGAAGGGAUUUUAUCUUGAGAACAAGAGAGAGAGAGGUGCGUCUCCAGUGCCAGGGCAGCGGGAUUUCACUGAUUCAGCAUGUGGCCUUCUGAGGAGGUGAAGAGGAGGAGCUAGUCUAGACCACACAGAUCAUCCAGUCAUCGGAGAACCAGAGACAGUCACCUGCAGGGGCUACAAGACACUGACCAUCUACAACCAAGCAUAGAAGAGACACAGAAACCAAGAGAGAGAGAUAGAGAAAGAGACUGUGUAUAUUGUAAAGGAUAGACUCAGAGUGGGAGUGUCUGUGAACUAAAAGGCUGUAGAGAGGAUUGUCUUAACACAAGGCCUUACUGAGAUAUUUGGAGCCUAAAGUGCCAAAGCAUCUAAUAAAACAUCUGGGCGUAUCAGAUCAGAUCUCAGAGCAACAAGCUGGAGAGCGAGCGCAGAGGAGGAGGGAUUUAGAGGAUUAUGCCGAUCUAGCCCACGCACGGCUACUCUGUGUUACUGCACCGCAUCCCACCAAACAUGGCCGACCCCUACCAAAACAACGUGUAUCACCAGGGCGACGGCGAGGGCUACGGCACGUACGGCGAGGGCGGCGGCCAGGAUGGCUACGGCUACCAGGGCGACUACCCGUCCCAGGAGGAGGACGCGGCCAGCGACGUGACGGAGGGCCACGACGAGGAGGACCAGAUGUACGAGGGCGAGUACCAGGGCAUCCCGCACCCGGACGAGGUCAAGGCGCAGCGGCGGGCGGCCCGGGCCAAGGCGCGGGCGGCGGCCGACGCCGUCUCGGAGCAGGAGGAGCUGGCCGAGCAGUACGAGGACAUCAUGGAGGACUGCGCGCACGGCCGCUUCCAGUGGACGCUCUUCGUGGUGCUGGGCCUGGCGCUCAUGGCCGACGGCGUGGAGUGCUUCGUGGUCGGCUUCGUGCUGCCCAGCGCCGAGAAGGACAUGUGCUUGUCCAACGCGGAGAAAGGCAUGCUGGGUUUGAUAGUGUUUCUGGGUAUGAUGUUCGGGGCGUUCGUAUGGGGCGGUCUGGCUGAUAAGGUGGGACGGAGGAAGUGUCUGAUCGUCGCCCUCGCCAUCAACUGCACCUUCGCCUUCCUCUCAUCCUUCGCUCAAGGAUACGGAUUCUUCCUCUUCUUCCGACUCGUCUCCGGCUUUGGGAUCGGGGGCUCGGUGCCGAUCGUGUACUCGUACUUCUCGGAGUUCCUGCAGAUGGACAAGCGUGGGGAGCACCUGAGCUGGCUCUGCAUGUUCUGGAUGGUGGGCGGCAUCUACGCCUCCUUCACCGCCUGGGGCAUCAUCCCUCGCUAUGGCUGGGGCUUCAGCAUGGGCACAGAGUUCCAGUUCCACAGCUGGAGGGUGUUUGUGCUGGUGUGCGCCCUGCCCGCCAUCGGCUCCCUCAUCGGCCUCACCUUCAUGCCCGAGAGCCCGCGCUUCCUGCUGGAGAGUGGCAAGCAUGACGAGGCCUGGAUGAUCCUGAAACAGGUCCACGACACCAACUGGAGAGCCAAGGGCGAACCUGAGAGAGUAUUCACCGUGUCGCAUAUUAAGACCCCAAAGACCCAGGAGGAUGAGUUCAUCGAGAUCCAGAGUGCGACGGGGACGGCCUUCCAGAGAUGGAUCGUACGCACUUUAACACUGACCAAGCUGGUGCUGAAGAACGUUAUAUCACUACUGGGAAAGGAGUUCCGACUCAGUACACUACUGAUGGCCAUCAUCUGGUUCACCAUGGCCUUCAGUUACUAUGGGCUAUCGGUGUGGUUCCCCGACAUGAUCAAGCACCUGCAGAACGAGGAGUACGAGUCCAAGCUGAAGGUGUUCCACCGGGAGAGGGUGGAGAACUUCCACUUCAACUUCUCACUAGAGAACCAGGUCCACAAGGAGGGGGAGUACAUACGAGACAAGUUCAUUCACAUUGAAAUUAAGUCUGUGAAGUUUGAAGAUUCGCUGUUUGAAGACUGUACUUUUGAAGACGUCCGAUCGACAGACACCACAUUUGAAAACUGCACCUUCAGAAAUACAAUAUUCUAUGACACAGACUUGUGGGAGGAGAAGUUCACUGACUGCAGAAUGGAAAACACGACCUUUGAACACAACAAGAAGGGCUGUCACCUGGACAGUGAGGAUGAAAACGAUGUCCUCAUCUACCUGGUCAGCUUCCUUGGGAGUCUGGCAGUGUUGCCAGGCAACAUCAUAUCUGCCCUGUUCAUGGAUAAGAUUGGAAGGAUCAAGCUGAUUGGUGGCUCGAUGCUUAUCGCGGCAGGCUGCACCUUCUUCCUGUUCCUGAGUUUCAGUCAGGCGGCCAUCAUCGCUUUUCAGUGCCUCUUCUGUGGGGUCAGCGUGGCCGCCUGGAACGGCAUCGAGGUCAUCACCGUGGAGCUCUACCCCGCCUCCAAAAGAGCCACGGCGUUCGGCCUCCUCAACGCCCUCUGCAAGCUGGCCGCCAUCCUGGGGAGCUCUAUCUUCGCCUCGUUCGUGGGCAUCACCAAGAUCGUCCCCAUCCUGCUGUCCUGCGUGGCGCUGGUGUGCGGCGGCUUGGUCGCCCUGAAGCUCCCCGAGACCAGGGAGAAGAUCCUGCUGUAGGGGGGACGUCGCUCCGGGA